GUGCCCAUUCAGAAAAAGAGAAUUUCAAUUAAUAGUGAGAAGCUAUGGAACGUGAAGAUGGAUUCAAUCAGUUUCCCAACAAGCUUGCUAGAACAAGCUCUGCCUUGAACAUUCAUUCAGGAAAUGACAACACUGCCACCGCCGCCAUCAAUACCGCCGCCGUCAAUAAUAAUGUUGUCAACAUUAACGACAACAAUAACCCGGCUGAGCAAAAACCACCAUGUGUUGUACGCGAACAAGAUCAAUUCAUGCCCAUUGCUAACGUUGUACGCAUCAUGCGCCGUGCGCUCCCUCCACAUGCCAAGAUAUCUGAUGAUGCCAAAGAGACCGUUCAAGAAUGUGUUUCUGAAUUCAUUGGCUUCCUCACUGGAGAAGCAAAUGAACGCUGCCAUAAUGAGUUGCGUAAGACCAUCACCGCUGAGGACGUCAUUUGGUCUUUGAAAAAGUUAGGUUUCGACAACUACGUUGGGCCUCUCACUCUGUACAUGAAGCGUUAUCGUCAGAAUGAGAAUCAACGUAAUUCUGCACCCAAAGAGCCGAAUGUGGGGCCUCAAGUAGCGGAGUAUCGACAGAUUGGGAUGCCUGGGGUUAAUGAGCCUGUGCCUGUCUAUGACAACAUGGUUCCCGGUCAAAGCUUUUUCGAUCCUUACUCUGGAUUGUACUACGGGGACUCAUCUGGUUCAAGCUCUGGGGGUGGACUCAGUUCUCAGAAUAACAUGCCUGAUUCUGAUCCAUCCGCUCACUUCAACUGAUUGUAGCAAAAGUUGAGCAAUGGGAUUUUGAAUAAAGAAGUUAUAUUUCCGUUAUUUUUACAAUAAUCUAUAGGGAGUGCAUAUGGCCUCCCUACUUUAUGUCUUUUGAAACAGAUGAUAUAAAAGUCGGUUUCUCUUGAACUUUUCUCUUUGUUCUGCUUCAAAAUAUAUUUUUUAGUUAGUUUGAA